AUGGAUCAGACGCCGACGUCGUCGCAAAAGAAGCGUGCCAAGCGCAUGGAGGCGCCAAGAGACGACAUGGAUGACGACGUAGACGAAGAGCUUGUGGGGUGGCCCACAUCCUCAACCUCGACUUCCACGUCGAAAAAGUCCAAAAAACGCAAGAGUGACGCUGGCCGGAGUCUGACACGCGAACGAUCUACCAGUACACGCGCAGCAAGUGCUGAGACUGUGCAGCGUGGCGAGUCGCGCGCUGCCGAGGGGCCCGGUCCCGAACAGAAAGACGACGUGAGCGAUCAGGACGACGACGAUGCCGAGUCUGACGGCGCGGAUGGCGAGGCGUUGGCCGAAGACGAGUUUUCGCGGCAGCAAGCCAUUUACGCCGCGCAGCAGCGCAAUAUGGGCCUGCUUUCGCAUCUCAUGGACGACGAGCAGUUAGAGCGCCAUAUGGCCUCGCGACGUGGUACACUGAACAAGGGCAGCGUACGCAAACUUGUGAAUCAUGUCCUGGCCCAAUCUGUGAAUCAGCACAUCGUGAUGACAGCGAGCGGUGUGGGAAAAGUGUUUGUCGGCGAAAUGGUCGAACAGGCCCGCGCCGUGCAGCGCGAACGCAAUGAGUCUGGCCCGAUCCAGCCUGUGCAUUUGUACGAAGCGUACCGGCGCUACAAACUCGCCCAGGAACGGCCAGGCCACUUCCCACCAGGCAUGACAAGCGGCGCACCUGGACUAGGUCGUCGUCGUCGUUUGUUCUAG